CGGCCAGUUGCCUCACCAAAAUCCAGCUUGCGCCCGCAGAGAUCGCGACAUUCUCUGAUUCUCCUCGCAUUGCGAAUUCUUGAGGCGCAUACACAAACCUAUAUUAGCAUGGCUGCCUCUCAAUUGCUGUCGCAAGGAGGUGCAUUCACUCUGGUUUCAAAAUGCGCCUCCCAGAACGCAGAAACUUGUCUCUGCCACCGGGUGCCGAUAAAACCUGCGAGCCGAAUGAGUGGGGCAGGAAGAAUGCUGAGAAGACCCGACGUCAGUAGUCUCUUCUUACCACAAAAGCACAAGAACUUCCGGCCACUUGCGGCGGGUGUUCGAGCGCACACCCAGACGGAGGCAGCAGAAGUGGACAGGAGUACAUGUCCAAAGAUCAAAGAACAAAUAGGCUUUAGCGACUUCGCCAAGGUUGACAUCCGGGUUGGCUUGGUGACUGACGCAAAGGCUGUUCCCGACAAGGAGAUGACCGAAAAGCGGGGCAAGCCGACUAUGAGCCGCAAGUUUCUGCAACUCAAGGUGGAUAUUGGAUCCGAGACACGCACCGUCGUGUCGCAGUGCAAGUACGUGAUGGACGUCGAAGACGCGGUGGGGAAGAAGGUGCUCUUUGUCGCGAAUCUGCCGCCCACGGAGGUGGAGGGCAUCACGAGCCAUGGGCUCGUGUUGCAGGGACUGAACUACGAUCCUACCCCUAUGCCUAGAAGUUUCAAGGUCAUUCUUCCUGGUCUUGGUAAAUUACCACCGGGCUCUCCAAUCAUAGAGACCUCUAUACCGCAAUGAUAGGAGUGCUAGUAUCGAGUAGGCAGUGCACUCAAUGGUUGCAGACGGUUGCUUUUGUGAUACGCUAGUCCUUCGCUUUGCUUCUGAUGGGACUUAUGAAGUUUGCUUCAUUGACACAAUCUAUGUAGAUCAAGGAUGAAACAUCUUCGUGUCUAAAAACGGCCACGGUGCUAUAAAGCCUUUGUCGCAGACUUGUACAAGUCCUUGCUAAAGCUGCACCCAUCAUCCAGCCUGCAGGAUUUCGACGGGGCUGACUCUGGCU